CUUAGACUCCAGCUGGAGAAACACAAGGCGCACAGGCGGAAACACUUUAUCUCUACAAUCUUGGUAUUAGUUUUGCUUUCCAAAAACGUUUUGGGAGGUCAACAUCUCCAAGAAAAGCUGGUUUUCUUCUCUUAUCUUGCUGCAGGAUUGUAAAUCAAGAGACCUUCUGCUCUGUCACCUUCUUACUUCUGGUUUUUGGAUUUUCGCCGCCAGUGGAGCGGCUCGGCUCUGACACGUGUAAAGGUCUUCAAUUCAGCUGAACCAGCUCGUAUUGAUUUAUUUAUUUUGACACUCGAAAGCUGGAAGAGGCACCGAUUUGUGAGGACCUGAGGAAAAUCUCCCGGAUCGAUAAUGCGCAGCAGCUGGGACUGUUUACUGUACCUGGGAGUGCUGGGAGUGCUGGGAGUGCUGGUGUCUGGCCACAAAAUGCUGGACAACUGCUUGGCAUCAGACCAUAAAUACAAAAUGAACGUCGUUCUUCUGGAGGACAACAACUACGAGUGGAGUCGGCCAUUUGUGCAGACGUUCGUGGAGCAAGCUAUCGAGAAGGACAGGCAGAAGAACGUCGACAAUGGCCUGGACCUCGUUUUGACGGCUAACUACAACGGGUUCAACACCACCGUGUACAACAGACAGGGCUGCGGCAGCAGCACCUGCGAAGGAGUGGCAAUACUCAAGAGGCUGGAUCGCAACAAUGAAGUCGGAUGCAUCAUGCUGGGACCUUCAUGCACUUAUGCCACCUUCCAGUUAGUGGACGAGGAGAUCGGCUUGACCCUGAGCAUUCCCGUCAUCUCUGCCGGCAGCUUCGGCCUGUCAUGCGACUACAAGCCGAAGCUGUCGCGCACUUUGCCUCCGGCUCGAAAAAUCAUCGAUUUGUUCCUGAACUUCAAGGCCGAGGUGCUGGGAUUCAAGCCCAAGUGGGAGAAAUUCUACGUGUACAAAAAACAAGUGAACAACGCAACCGAGGACUGCUUCUGGUACAUCAACGCGCUGGAAGCGUCGACUGCGAGAUUCGCUUCGCAAACACAGAGGGAGAUUGUGCGGGAAAAGAAGGAACUGCAGAGCGUCAUGAAGACGUCAAAUCGCCAUAGCAACAUUAUUAUUUUAUGUGGUGGCCCUGAAGAAAUUGCUUUAAUAAAGGAGGAUGUGGACCAGAUUCACCCAGACACCUUGUUCAUUCUUCUUGAUCUUUAUAACCCUGAAUAUUACAUCAAUGAAACGGCCCACGAAUGGAUGCAGGACGUCCUGGUCGUCACUCUGCCAGAGAGGAACUACAGCAUCAACUCAAACUCGUCGCACAACGUCACGAUAAAUGACUACGUGGCCGGAUAUCAUGACGGAGCUCUGGUCUUUGGACAAGUGCUCAGAGAUCGGUUGUUGAGCAAAAAGCCCGGCAGGAACUCUGACGACGUCAAUGUCAACCCGUUUGCAAACAUGACCAUCGAGGGUCUAGGAGGACACGUUGUGCUUGAUGAGUAUGGAGACAGAGACGUGAACUUCUCCUUCAUUUACAUGUCAAUGAAAGACAGGAAGUAUGAAACUCUGCUAGUGUUUGAUUCAUCACAAAACAGAACCAUUGAAGAGCACCCGAACCCGGAUCUGGGCUGGAAAGGCCGACUUCCUAAUGAUGAACCUGAAAAUCCAGAGGACUUGAGCACGCAGGACGUGAUCGUGAUCGUUUUGGGUGUCAGCGUUAUCGUAGUGACCGCCAUCGCUCUCAUCUUCUACAGGCAGAACAGGAAGGAGCGUCUGAUGCAGAAGAAGUGGUCACACAUCAGUCCGCACCUGAUUGGUCCUCUGGAUGAGAAGGAAGUCUCUCUGAAGAUUGACGAUGAUAAGAGGAAGGACAGCACGUACUUCAGACAGCGAGGCUGCUACGACAAGAAGCCUGUGAUCCUGAAAGAGCUGAAGCAGGCAGAGGGAGAUUUCACCGAGGACCAGAAAAUUGAGCUCAACACUCUGCUGCGGAUCGAUUACUACAACCUGGCCAAGUUUUACGGCACGGUGAAGUUCGAGUACGGCGUCUUCGGGGUGUUUGAGCUCUGCCAGCGGGGAUCCCUCAGGUACAUCCUCAGUGACAGGAUAUCCUACCCAGAUGAGACCUUCAUGGACAUGGAGUUUAAAAUAUCUGUCAUGUACGACAUCGCGAAGGGCAUGUCGUACCUGCACUCGAGUAGCAUUCCAGUCCACGGUCGCCUCAAGUCCACCAACUGCGUGGUCGACAACCGCAUGGUUGUCAAGAUCACAGACUUUGGCUGCCACACCAUCCUGAUGCCAGGCAGAGGUGAUUGCCCUCUGGUCCUUCAACCUAAACCUGAGAUUAUGGGACACUCAGCCUCUCUCCGUCGCUCCCUUUCAGAUCUGUGGACGGCUCCGGAGCAUCUCCGUAAAGACGGCGUGUCGCAGAAAGGCGACGUCUACAGCUACGGCAUCAUCGCACACGAGAUCGUCCUGAGGCAAACGCCGUUCUACACCCGCUCCUGCUUCAACACUGCCGAAAAACUGCACAGAGUUCAGUAUCCCAGAGGACACGGCUUCUUCAGACCGGACCUCUACUUUGAAGGAGUAUCAGACAGAGAAAUUGAGCUCUACAUGCUGAUAAAGAGCUGCUGGGAUGAAGACCCUGAGCGAAGGCCAGACUUCAAGAGGAUAGAGUUAUCGCUGGGAAAGAUUUUCAGUAACUUGCACAACCAGGCCACUGAGACGUACAUGGACAACCUGAUCCGCCGCCUGCAGAUGUACUCCAGGACUCUGGAGUGUUUGGUGGAGGAGAGGACGGCUCUGUACAAAGCCGAGAGGGACAGAGCGGAUCGCCUCAACUUCAUGCUGCUGCCGGGUCCCGUGGUGCGCUCGCUGAAGGAGACAGGAAGAGUGGAGCCCGAGCUGUUUGAGGAGGUCACCAUCUAUUUCAGCGACAUAGUGGGCUUCACCACCCUGUGCCACUACAGCACCCCCAUGGAGGUGGUGGACAUGCUGAACGAGAUCUACAAGAACUUUGACAGCAUCCUGGAUCACCAUGACGUCUACAAGGUUGAGACGAUAGGAGAUGCCUAUAUGGUUGCGUCAGGGUUACCCAAGCGAAAUGGCGACAGACAUGCGGUGGACAUCGCCCACAUGGCCCUCGACCUCCUGUCGUUUGUCGGGACCUUUGAGUUGCAGCACCUGCCGGGGAUUCCUCUGUGGAUUCGUAUUGGAGUGCAUUCAGGUCCGUGUGCAGCCGGCGUGGUUGGAAACAAGAUGCCUCGCUACUGUCUCUUUGGAGACACGGUGAACACGGCGUCUCGCAUGGAGUCCACAGGCCUGCCUCUGAGGAUUCAUGCGAGCCAGUCCACAAUCAACAUCCUGCGGAGGACAGACUGUCAGUUUGAGUUUGAAAAAAGAGGAGAGACGUACCUAAAGGGUAAAGGGAAGGAGAUGACCUACUGGCUAACAGGUGUAACAGGAAGAACCUACAACCUGCCCACACCACCGACAGCGGAAAACUUCCAGAGGCUGCAGCAGGACCUGGCAGACAUGAUCGUGUCCAGCCUGGAGAAGCACCGAGCCGGAAGGGAGGGCUUCGAAAAGAGGAAGACCUUAUCCACCAGAGUCCGCUGGAGAGACACCAACGGCAGCCUGAGGAAGGACGGCCCGCCGGAGUACUUCCACCUGGCCGUCACUGACAAUCCCAGCACGUUCCUGUGACGAAGCACAGGGGAGAUUGACGGGAAAGACUUUGAAAAGCCCAGUGUUUGGGACUAAACACCUGUUGGAGCCGUUCUGCUGAGUCAGUGUGACGGUGCAGAAGCAGCACUGAUAUCACGGUGACAUCAUCUCGGUGAUAACCAGGUCAACCUCCUCCAAGGUUGAGGGAGCAGCAGGUUCUCGUGGCGAUUACUGUAAGAUCUUCAAGCACAGGAAUAUAUUUCACUCCACAGAAUGCAUCUGUCAAACUGAUUUGUACAAAAUUUUGCCGUCUUCAUUUUUUCUUCUGAGGCAAUGCUUUGCACUCGAUUCAUAACAUAAUUAUCGUCAAGACUUUAGCUUGAGCUGCGUGUAAUCUGAAACUAAAGCCAUUUUUCUCCAAGAAAAAGAGACGGGACAAAAGACGAGGGGAAACUGUCUUUGUUCACUUUUAAAGUGUUCUUACUUUUUUUUGUCUGCAGGAUUCAUCGCAAAGUAUGAAAAAUUAUUUACCGCGUAAAUAAGCUUUAUUUGCUGCAAACAACAGUAGAUCUGCAUUCUCUUGCUAAUUUAGUAGCUACACUUGCAGAAGUUGGAGUUCCAGACAGACAUUUAAACUCAUCAGCAGCAUGAACAACCUCCAGUUAUUGCAAGCUUCUGGAAUAAUUCUGGCUGGAUCUUUGACCACCAGAUUACAUUUAAAAUAAUUGUUUGUUUUUUGGUUCUGUCUCAGUUUUUAAGCAAAUUCCACAGAUUUUCAAUAGAAGGGAGGUCAAAGUCCCUCCAGGUGGUUCAUGCUGGUUUCCUUUGUUCCAAAACUAGUUUACUAGAACUAUAUCCAAAACAUAAAGAUGAAAUAUUCAGCCAGAAUUAUGUUAGUAGUUUACUGAUUGUGGAGAGGUGAAGAGUGCCAAAUUACAAUAAGUAAAUUACUUAUGUCUUUAACUGUUGUGAAACACAAAAUAAAUGCAAAAAUAUUUUGUAAAAUAUAGAGUUAACGACGUGUCUUAAUUAAAUGUAUUAAUUUCAUUUUAAAAUUAGCCAUAUUUAAUGUUUCUUUUUCCAAGUUUAUGACUUGGGUCAAUAUUUUCACUGUGUUGGAGACAUUCAACACCCAUUUAAAUAAUUAUGGUAAAGUUACUUAUUGUACGUUGGCACUUUUUACUCUACAUAACUGAUGGCAAUGAAAAGCAUGUUGUCAAAGGACAUUUAUCCAAACAUCAGCGGGCAUCGAUGCACGUUCAAACCUGCUUGUAUAGUUUUUGUCAGUGUGUGGUUUUAAGAAAAUUCACACAUACACAAAAUAAACGGAUGCAUCUAUUUCCUUUUCAAAAUCGCUGAAGAUGGAUCCAAAGCAUCUUUGGAGGAAUCAGUAAAUGCUCAAAAUCAAAAUGUCCUCCAUGAGCAGGAUAUGUAAAUAUCUGACUGGAACUAAAUGAUGUUAUAAUAAGAAAACAUAGAACAAUUAAACCACUCAUCCUCUGCAAUAUAGCAUAAAGUUAGAGGAAUUUUCAAACAAAUUUCUCUUGAAUACUACAAAGAUGGCCACCGGGUGAGCUUUCAUCGUUGUAGCUGUCGUCAGGUUUUUCUUGUGAAGCAGCAAGUCAACGCUGGUCCAUUUGUUUCUGUCUUGGCACACCGAUGCUACCUUGUUUUUGAAACAUCGGAAAUAUUUUUGUGAUAAUUUUUAUUUUGUGUUUUAUCAAAGAUUUUCAGUGUGGCACAAAAAUGUUUUUAAGUAUUUUGUGUUUUAUGUUUUUUUUUUUUUUUACUUGCAUUUUCUGUACAAACUGCUGCAGUUUCAAGACAUAGAAAUACAUUUUACAACCCUUGU